AUGAAAACACUCUCUUUACUCCUCCUCUGUAUUUCCUUUGUUUUCCUCUCAUCCGCCUCCCUCAUCACCAACCCAACCAACCUAACCGCGCGCUCUCCCCCUCAAAUCCCCACCAACGAGCGCCGCGGCAUCGCCUAUAACAACGCCAAACUACUGUCUCUCUUUGCCCAACCCGGCUCACACAUCACAUGGCGCUACAACUGGGACUCUUCAACCGCUUCAUCCCCGACCACUUUCGACUUCACCCCCAUGCUGCACUCUGUGCGCUCCGACCACACAAAAGUCUGGAAAACCAACGUCGAAGCCAUAGUGGAGAAGAACUGGGAAAAGGGUCGAGCAACGUGGGUAUUGGGCUUUAAUGAGCCGGAUAAUUGCAUACCCAACACAGGUGGUUCCUGCAUCGACAUCGCAACCACAGUUGCAGCGUGGAAACAGUACCUGCAGCCACUUGCUGCGUCCAAUCGUAAUGUGUACCUUGGUUCUCCGGCUGUUACGAAUGCGCGGGCAACUGAUACUUCGGGGCUGGGCUGGUUAGCGCGGUUCCUACGCGAGUGCACUGGGUGUAGUGUUGAUUUUGUGAAUAUUCACUGGUACGGCGUCGCCAACGUGCAUUCCUUCAAAGCGCACAUCGAUGCAACGAGAAAGGUGGCGCAGGGCCGACCGAUUUGGAUUACGGAAUUCAAGCCUGAAGGGACGGUGGAGCAGAUUCGCCGGUUUCUCGAGGAGGUGAUGCCUUGGAUGGAUGAGAGCCCGGAUGUGCAUCGGUAUGCGUAUUUCAUGGCAACACCUGGGGAGGGGUUCUUGGUUGAUGGAAAUGGGGGAGCGUUGAGUGAGAUAGGGAGGACAUUUGCUUUCUUCCAUAGGCACUGA